GGUUGAAACACCAGAAACAGAUCGUUCCCAACACUAACUCAAAGGUUAUCUACAUCCAUCGGCCUCCCUGACGAGACUACUGCGUAUAUGAAGCGGUUUCUUCCCAUAGCAAGAUUAGUGUGACCCACGCACAUGGAACGCCUAUAGUCACGUAUUGACAGAGAACGAACUCUUUGUGGCCCACGCCAGCCGGGGCUGCUUCGCGUUGAUUUUUUGCGUCCAUGUCUGCUAGCCGCAAAAGACGCAUUAUUGUUUGACGCAAAGAAAAAAAAAAUCAACGUCGAGCUGUUAUUGUGGGAACUAUCGAUCCCACGAGUUUGAGAAGACACUAUGAACAAAGAAAUCUCUGGACCCAGAAAACGAGAGUCGCGUGCGGGGACUCGCAAGGUGACAUCUCUCUCUGCCGAACAGCUGGAGAGAAAGCGAGCCAACGAUCGAGAAGCCCAGAGGACGAUCCGUCAGCGAACAAAGGAACACAUUGAACAACUGGAGCAUCAAGUGGCGGAGCUAAAGGCCAAGGGCGACCGAUAUGAUGAUAUAGUCCGGCGUAAUGUUGCCUUGGAGGGGGAGAUCAAUCAGUUGAGGCACCAACUGUCUAUGGUGGCUGGCGGGCAAGGGUAUUCAAAUCCUCCAGAAGUAUCGUACGCUGGACCACCCGGGCCUACGAUUCCUUCCCAGCUGAAUAUCCCUACCACUCUUGGUGUACAUCCAGUCCCCAGAGCACCGUCAGUGCUUUCGUCCUCGAGUCAGGUCUCCCUCGCGCAUGACUGGCAACACUAUAGUUCGACACGGUCUCCAUCGAUAUGCGAGUCAUCAGACGCAGACUAUCCGAAUAAAGUUGAGUCGUUUGGUAUGUUCGAGGGUCAACUUCAAGCUCCUCGAAUAUCACAAGCUCCCCCUUCGAUGACGGUACCGUCGCAGCAGGUACCGUCGCAACAUAUGGGCUAUGCUGGCCCUGGUGGUAACCAUCCACCACCCGAUCCUACCCCUCAACCGUUUCCACCGUUCUACCAAACAGACCAUUCCCAAGAAAGACUCGGGGGAGAUCUUCAGCAACAUCCUCAUCAACUCAUGCCGCCCGUUCCCAGCCAGCGGUCCACGUCAGUGCCAGCUGUUCCGCCAGAAAGAGACCCAACCAGAUACCCUAUCUUCCAGGCCACACCACAAUACCAACCCCCUAUCGAUCAGCAGCAGAGAAACCAACAGUUCAAUUAUUGGGCCCACCAACCUUGAGCUGGAGUCCUGGGGCUUGGAUGACUUUCAUCCAAGCUGCUUGGGUUAUAAGCUUCUGAACGGAGCCGCUCUACGGCCAUCCUGCAAAUCCAUCAGGGAAUUCAAUUGAUGAAAAAGAUCCAGUCUAAGUAACCACGGUGAACCCUUUAGCGAUGAUAGCAUCGAGGCCAGUCGUAGUAGCAGUGUUGCAAACCAAUUCCAAUCGAAGCCGACGACGAACUGCUCGCUCAAUACACCUGGGUAGGAUAUAAAGGGCGUCAGAACAGGGUUUGGGAAUCGUCAACGGGUAGUGCUGGUGUAUCGGAUAACUGGGCUGUUUGUCUUCCAUAGACAGUGGGAAAGUUUCCA